GGGGGGUGCGCCUGUAUCCAUCUCUCUCCUCCCUGUGACGUCGCUCGGUCUGGUCCCGGGGUGCGCUGCUCUCCAGUCCCGUCUCAGCAGAAACCCACUUCAGUUGCUGCCUCCGUCCGUGCACACACAGAAACCUGCGGUGCGACGCGCGCGUUCCGGUGCGGCGAGGUGCGUUGCGGGCACCCGGUGUCCUUCUUCUUCUUCUCCCACUCCACGCUGCCUGUCUUGUCCCAAAUUAUCAGUGAACUGUUUCCACACUCCGCUUGAAAAGAGAGAGAGAGGAGAGAACCUGAGGCGUUGAAUAAGAGGGAGAGGGCGGAAAAAGGAGGAGGAGGAGAGACGGAGAGAGAGGAAAGAAGAAAGAAAGAGAGGAGAGAAGUCGCCGUAGUCGCUCUCCUUCCUCGAGCUGAACCUCCACCGAGAAGAUGCUGAGAUUAGCCGGCGUGUUGGCUGUAGUGGCUCUGGGGUUGAGCGCCGCUCACACCAAAGUGAACAAACACAAGCCGUGGAUUGAGACAUCGUACCAUGGGGUGAUCACUGAGAACACUGACAUCGUUCUGCUGGAUCCUCCUCUGGUGGCCCUGGACAAAGACGCUCCCAUCCCCUACGCAGGGGAGAUCUGUGCGUUCAACAUCCACGGGCUGGAGGCUCCGUUCGAGGCAGUGGUGCUGAACGGUACGUCUGGUGAGGGCCAGCUGAGGGCCCGCGGCCUGGUGGACUGCGAGCUGCAGAAGGAAUACACCUUCAUCAUCCAGGCUCACGACUGCGGCUCUGGCCCCGGUGGCACGGAGGGCAAGAAGUCCCACAAGGCGGUGGUGCACAUUCAAGUCAACGAUGUCAAUGAGUUCGCCCCAGUGUUUCGGGAGCCCCAGUACCGAGCUGCAGUGACGGAGGGCAAGAUUUACGACAGCAUCCUGCAGGUGGAGGCCACUGACCAGGACUGCUCCCCUCAGUACAGCCAGAUCUGCAACUACCAGAUCACCACCAGCAACACGCCCUUUGCUAUAGAUCGCAACGGUAACAUCCGGAACACGGAGAAGCUGAGCUACGACCGACAGCAGCAGUACGAGAUCCAGGUGACGGCCUGGGACUGCGGCCAGAAGAGAGCCUUACACAGCGUCCCUGUCCGCAUUGACGUCAAGCCCGUCUGCAAGCCUGGCUGGCAAGAUUGGAGCAAGCGUGUGGACUAUGAGCCGGGGACAGGAAGCAAGCAGCUGUUUCCUAAAAUGCACCUGGAGACCUGUGGUGGGCCCCUGUCGUCGGUGAGGACCACAGUGGAGCUGCAGACCAGCCACAUCGGGAAAGGCUGCGACCGUGAGACCUACUCUGAGAAGUCUCUACAGAAACUCUGUGGGGCCUCGUCAGGCAGCACUGACCUUCUGCCUGCCCCCAGCACUGCCACCAACUGGACAGCUUCCCUGGUGACUGACAGCGGCAGGGACAGCGACUUGAUCUUCAGGUUUGACGGUCAUCAGGCAGCUAAAAUCCCAGACUGGGUGGUGCCCCAGAAUCUGACUGACCAGUUCACCAUAGCGACCUGGAUGAAACAUGGACCAAGUCCUGGGCUCAGAGCUGAGAAGGAGACACUGCUCUGUAACUCUGAUAAGACCGAGAUGAACCGUCAUCACUACUCGCUGUAUGUCCAUAAUUGCCGCCUGGUGUUCCUGCUGAGGAGAGACUUCACCCAGGUGGACACCUUCAGACCGGCCGAGUUUCACUGGAAACUGGAGCAGAUCUGUGACAAGGAGUGGCACUACUACGUCAUCAACGUAGAGUUCCCGGUGGUGACGCUCUAUGUGGACGGAGUGACCUAUGACCCCUACCUGGUGACUGACGACUGGCCCAUCCACCCCUCACAGAUUGACGUGCAGCUCACAGUCGGUGCCUGCUGGCAAGGUGGGGAGGUGACCAAGCCACGGUUCACUCAGUACUUCCGGGGCAGCCUGUCCGGACUGACCAUUCGACCGGGGAAGAUCGAGAGUCAGAAAGUCAUUUCCUGUCUGCAGGCCUGCAAAGAGGGACUAGACAUCAACUCCCUCGAGAGUCUGGAUAAGAACAUAAAGUUCCACUUUAACCCAGCCCAGUCUAUCUUGGUAAUGGAGGGAGAGGACUUGGAAAACAUGAACGCUGCUGUGAGGAAAGUUUCCUACAUAAACUCUCGUCAGUUUCCCACACCAGGCAUCCGACGUUUGCACAUCUCCACUGCCGUCCAGUGUUUUGGUGAAGACACUUGUAUUACCAUCCCAGACAUCGAUGCAGUGGUGAUGGUGUUGCAGCCCAGUGAGCCCAGGAUAACCAUCACUGGAGUGGAGAGACUAAACAAGCCAGUCUCAGACCUCAGAGCAUCAGGAGGUGUAGCCCUUUUCCAAGACCUCCACAUCAUCAGCACAGUCACCAGGGCAGAUGCCAUCACACAUCAUGCAGCACGUCGACAGGGAUUGCUCGAGGAGAUUAUUCACAACUUGGACUACUGUGACAUCCUGGUGUUGGGGGAGGAGCUGAGGCCGGAUGAGGAGUCCCUCCAACUGCUGCGCAGCGCUCUACUUGGAAAACACCUGGACGCCACUAACUCCACCUCUGGCAUGUCCAUAUAUGGGGUGGACUCCAUGUCCAACUAUGAACAGGUGAUCCGACAGGUGCGCUACUAUAACUGGCAGCCCGGACAGCUCACAGAGAGAAGGUUCCGCCUCACCUGCUCAGAGCUCAAUGGACGCUACACCAGCAACGAGUUCAACCUGGAGGUGAGCGUACUGCACAGUUCGGAGUCAGGGGAGCAUGUCAAUCACAUGAUAGCCCCGCCUCAGUACAUGCAAGUGGUCCACCAUCCAUCUAUGAUUCAUGACCUGUACCCCAGCCACGGCUCAGCCAUGCCGAGUGCCGCCACUGUUGUAAUUGUGAUGUGUAUCGCUGCUCUGGUGGUGGUUGUGGUGCUGGGCAUCUAUCGCAUCCACCUGACCCACCAGCAGGAGGUCAAGCUGGCAGAGACGGCUAAAGAGGCGGACGUGACCUGGGACGACUCGGCUCUGACGAUCACUGUUAACCCGAUGGAGAACCUGGAGGAGCCCCAGGCUGCAGAGGAGGAGGCCAGCGAGGAGGAGGAGGAGGAGGAGGAAGAAGAGGAGGAGGAAGACGAAGAGGAGGAAGAGGAUGACAUCACCAGCGCUGAGUCAGACGACAGCGAGGAGGAAGUGGACGUCCAGCUACCCAGGAUGCAACGCCUGAGCAAGAGGGGCCAAAACUGGGACAAAACAACGAUAUCUUAUUGAAACACACACUCACAGUCACUCACAUGCACACACACAUUCUGCAGCACGUCCAUACUGAAACCUCAAAUCAGAUGGUUGAAACAAAAAGACUUUAUGUGAUGUUGAUGCUCUAAAAAUGAGGUUAUACCCCCCCCUACUGGAAGACUCCACUGAAAUGCAAACAGUGCAAUGAUUUAACCUUAGCCUUGUCAGAAAACCUCCCAUUUUCUACAGCUGAUAAGAAAUAAUACGACACUAAAACUGCUCGUCAAUCAAAAGCCUUUCAUCUGUCUUAAAGGGACAGCUCACCAAAUUUCAGGCAUCCCCUGAGAGCUGUCUUUCAUCGAGUUAUCUCUCUCCCAUUACAGUCUGCACCACAACUACGAUCCUUAGUGAAAUAGAGUUGUUUGAAUCUCAUUAUGUCGAUGAAUCCCUGCACCAUACAUUCAGUUUGUGUCACAUGUGUUCCACAGUGAGAUUUCUGAUGUCCCAUAAAAAUGCAAAACAGUCUUUAUUUAAGAAAACUGAGUUGCAAAAGUAAAGAAACUGACUAUUUUUGGUUUGUAUACUUCAUGUUAUUUAUCAGUCUUUAUUCUAGCCUACGUGGCAAAGCCAGGUGAUUUUACAGAAAUAGCAUAUUUUCAAUGGUACUCAAAAACAACAAAAAAAAAGAUGAUCUGUGUGUAGUCAUGGUGAACUAGCCGAGGGGUCUGAGUUCUGGGUUUUUGGGAAAGACAGAGGAGUCUCCUUGUAAAUUUUUAUACGCUCCUUUCUUGUAAAUAUUGAGUAUAGUAGGUGACCCCCCCCAACCCCCACCUCCAGCCCCACCCCACUCCCUAACACAGAUUUCUCCACCCAGAGACCCUCUUCUCCACCUGUAUACAGCACACAUGCCACCUCGUCAUAUGUAUGUACAAACCCUGAGCCCUCAGCCUGCAGGAGUCACCACUGAACUGACCCCUCGGUCCUCUGUGUGUGUUUCAAGUCAUUCCAGCUGACUGUACGUUGGGUUUGUUAGGAAGGAUGUGCCACUGCCUUCAUAGUGACUGGUGCGCUAGGCAAGGUGUUGAUGGGAAGAGGCACCGGUCUGAUGUGCCUAAAUCACAUGCGACAGAAAGUCCUCUCACUGCUCAUCGAUAGUCCACAAGAGUUGCCCAAAUUAAACCUUAAGGCCCAGACACACCAAGCCGUCAUCAAAGAACUAGCAGUAAUGAAAGUCAACUGUUGUGUCGCCUCAUGCCACCUGUGUUGGCCAAAAAAAUUGCACUUAAACAUACUGCAGAGUCUACAGUUGAUGGUCAGCUAGCAUGUGCGUUCUGUGCCUGCAUGAGAGGAAAUAACUCUCCACACCAGCAGGCUGUGGUAGUCUGUAUUCGUCAUUAAAAAAGGAAACCAGAAGGCCAACAAGACGGAUUAAAGAUGCUAGUUAGCCAGUUAGCAUAUUAACAAUAAAACCUGAUGUAGAAAGGACAAAUUCUAUUGAUUGUGCACUAGCGAUUAAUAAUACUAACAAUUGCGAACCAUGGCUGGAAAAAAAUAUUGCUUUAUAUGACACGUUUGUUUCAAAAACACACCCUCUUGACUUUAGCCAUUUGUUUACUUUCCUCACUUUUAAUUCUCUUCUUGUGCACUGAGUUGAACUGCCAAUCAGAUUGAUUUUAUUCACCAACGAGCUCCACUAUCUCUGACAUCAAUUCAACAUGCUGAAUCAGCCAAAAAAGCCACAAUGGCCGCCUAGUCUCAAUGCUGCUGGACACACAACACAAAAACGAGGGCAACAGACGCUCACUGACGUCCCAACAUAAACUGAUUGCCGACUGCCGGCUUGGUGUGUCAGGGCCCUUAGUCUCAGGUGUGGUCACGGCAGUGAGAGCCUAAAUAACAAGUACUCAUUAAAAGAAAGUUACACUAAUUAACCACUAUCUUACUCCUACUAGUCAUUAAUGCUGCAUUGACAAGUGAGAAAUUCCAAAUUUCUAAAGGGAAAAGUGCAAAGAAACUGCCCCGCGACACUGGAGUUUCAAAACAGAAAAUCAAUAAAUGCAAAUAUCAACAUGAGAGCCUGCCUGGCUAAUACUGGAUUUUUUAAGGCCAAUCCCAACAUCCUUGUUUGACUCUUAAAUAACAUAUUUACAUUUACAAUUACAUACUUUUUUUAAAUUUAUAUUUUUAUUUUACAUUUUGUUUUUUUUAUGUAGAAAUAUAUUAUAAAUGUAUGAUUUUUUUAUGAGGAUUCUGUAAAUUUGUUUACCAAAAAUAUAUAUAAUAUAAUAUAGAAUAUGUACUAAGUGGAACAUUUUAUGGUUAAAAAAAAAUAAAUAAAUACAAUGAAAUAUUAAAGUCAAUAUUAAGGCUCAAAUAUGCAAAAAAAAAAUCAGCCUAUAUUUAUUUUUUCUGAUUCAUCAAAUAAGAACUAUAGUAAAGUAUGUAGAAAUAUUAUAAAUUAACAUUUUAGCUGCACUAAUUGAUAUUUUUAUAUUAACAGUGGAUCAAAUGACUACAUAUAAAAUGCAGUGUCACAUGAAGUGAUGAACCCACAGAGACUCUGUAGCUCUGCAGAGCCUUUUAUGGUCUUUCAGCUUAUAGUUUUGGUUUUACAACUCGCAGCUUGUGUUGUGGUUCGGCCUCUUGUCAGUCUGUUUACCAGUCGCUCUGAUAAACCCACUGGACGCUACCUGCCCAGCACCAAACAACAAACAUUAUGAACACAAUGGAGCAUUUAGCAGCUAUGGAGGUUCUUUUUUCUAUCAAAACAGAGAUUAAAGGGGAGUCAAUAUUGGGCUUACAGUCAUCAGGUGGCCAGAAACCAACACAAUCGGCUGAAAAAUGUUGGCCUUGUACAUUUCUGCAAACCACAGAUUCAAAACACACAUGUCUGGUGCCUGAAAACAGAUGGAAACACAGCCCGCUAAAUCACAACUGCUUUUGUUGUUUCUUGGUCUCAAACAGUGGUCACCAAGGUGAGACAGCUUGGCAGGCGUCUUGCCUUGGUGUCACUCCAUCCAUCAUCCCCUCCACCUCCAGAUGACAAACUCAGCUCUAUACUACAUCACAUUAAAAGUGUUAAUAUAAUGCGUAGAAACGUGCAAAUGUAACAUAUUCAUAGUUUGCAGAAACGUAUAAUGCCAAUAUUUUCUUCUGGUGAUUGGGCUGCCAGGAAUACAACUCUAUAGGGUGCACUUUACAUGCUAAACAUCAUCUUCCUAAAAUACACUUUUUGUGAUUUUCAUGAUAAUAGUCGGCUCCCAACUGGUCCAGCCAUGUGGUCCAGAUUUCUCCUUAGUCAUUGGUUCAAGGUCCACACUUGAAUAUAUUCAGUGUCAUACUUGUUUGGCCAUGUCUUUGAGCUCAUUUGCUGUCUCUGUGAUGUAGCUGUCUUUUAGUCACUCACUCACUCAACAGUUGGAAACAGCACUUCAAAAUAAAAGCUCUAUGUCAGAAGUCCACUGUACUUAAAAAUAAAGUGUGUUUUUUACAAACGACAUGUUUAGGAGUCACAUGCAGUCCAUUCAGAAUAGGACCCACUUUGGACCAUGACCCACCAGUUGGGAACCACUGGCCUUCACUGUAAGUAGCUAGCUUAUGCUGCCAAAUAUCACUGACACAAAAUAAGCAUUCACAUUUGGAAAAAUAUUGAGCAAACAAAACCUUCCUGUGUUUUCCACCAAGAAUGCACAGAGACUUUACACAUUCCCCUCCAGAAACUUUCCCAACCUGUAACUCUGAGUGAAAUGCAGCAUUAAUGACAGAGACGCAGGUCUCGGGACAGAGAGGCGAAGGCAUUUGGCAGUGUCACAUUUGACGUAAUCACAAAACCCAGUCGAAGGUUUCCUCACCUUGAAGUGAAAGGGCAUUAAUCUCUGGCUGCUGCCAUCCCGAAUCCAGUCCGUGUGUAACGUAUGAUAGCAAAGAAGCAACAGAAGGUUUAGUUACAUGUGACGUGUAGUGGCUGAAGUCUGCCACAGAUAAAUCAAGGUUUGGUUAAAGUCACAAACACUGGAAAGUUUCCCCGUCCUACCUAGUGAGCCUCUGACAGCUGCUGUCCUGUGGGUGUAGCUGGGAGAACCUAUUGUAUGUGUAUACUGUAGCUCUAUGUUCAUGUAAAGAUCUCAUAUGUUGUUUAAGAGUUUUCCUCAUCUACUGUGACACCUGUUCUUGUGACGUCACCUCGCUCCUUGCACCCUCCCCUUUCCCCACUGGAACCUUUGGUGGAUUUUGCAUCGGCCCGAGCCCUAAUGUUGUCCUGACGUUUGUUUUAGAAGAGGAGGACGGUGAAAUUAACAUGGAUACCUUGUAUAAUGUGUAAAAGUUUUUUUUAGUUUUCCUUUUCUUUUUUUUCUGGACUUUUUUGGUCUGUUUUUCUUUGGA